AUGUCUCGGAUAAUAAAGAAUAUCGUUAUCACACCAGUGGCAUUCCAUGAUAUGCCACUGUUGAACAGUGUGGGUGUACAUGAGCCAUUCGCCCUGCGCAGCAUUAUCGAAAUCAUUACCGAUUCCACAUAUGGUCUUGGGGAGUCAUAUGGUGACUCGGCUCACCUGGCUCGCUUGGAAAAAGCGGCCGAGAAGAUUAAGGGUCUUUCUGUGUACGAUACAAAUGCAAUUUAUCAAGUUUGCACCGACUCCCUAGUCGGCGACACUACCACAGGUGGCGAUGGAAUGGCCGGUAUGGUCACCACGGCGUCUGUUGUCGACAAAGUUUUCUCUCCCUUCGAAGUUGCUUGCCUGGAUAUUCAAGGAAAAAUUGCCGGCCUCCCAGUGAGCGAUUUGCUCGGUGGUCGGGUGAGAGACUCCGUUCAGUAUUCUGCAUACCUCUUUUACAAGUGGGCCGGACACCCAGGUCAGCCAGAUGACGAAUACGGAGAAGCUUUAGACCCAGCUGGUGUUGUGAAGCAAGCAAAGAAGAUCAUCGACGAAUAUGGGUUCAAGGCCAUCAAGUUGAAGGGUGGUGUCUACCCGCCUGCGGAGGAGGUCGAGGCGAUCAAAGCGUUGCAUGCUGCAUUUCCGGGUGUGCCUCUGCGACUUGACCCGAACGCAGCAUGGACCGUGGAGACCUCGAAAUGGGUAGCCCAAGAGCUGGACGGCAUUGUUGAGUAUCUGGAGGAUCCCGCUCCAGAGAUUGAUGGCAUGGCAGCGGUUGCCAAAGAAGCAUCGAUGCCUUUGGCGACGAACAUGGCUGUCGUUGCAUUCUCUCAUCUUCCACCUUCUGUUGCUCAAAACGCAGUACAGGUUAUUCUGUCGGAUCAUCACUUCUGGGGAGGCCUGCGCAAGUCACAAACGUUAGCGUCUAUCUGUGCAAUUUGGAACAUGCGAUUGUCCAUGCAUUCCAAUAGCCACUUGGGUAUCUCUCUCGCCGCUAUGACUCACUUGGCAUCUGCCACUCCAAACUUGGACUAUGCCUGCGACACUCACUGGCCGUGGAAGCUUCGCGAGGAAGAUGUGAUUGUCGACGGUGCACUCAAGUGGGCCGAUGGCGGUGUUAUUGUGCCAACUGCUCCAGGCCUCGGAAUUGAACUGGACAGGAAGAAGUUGGCACUUCUCCAUCAGCAAUAUCUUGACUGUGGAAUGACGAAGAGAGACGAUACCACGUACAUGAAAAAAUUCCGACCCGAGUUUUCGCCGCACAUUCCGAGAUGGUGA